CCGGCGGACCGCCCUCACUACAAAACCAAACAAAACUACAAAACUAGAAAUUCACCAAGCGACGACCAAACAGGGAUGACCAUUUAAAUUCGGCUAUCUACAUGGUGAUACAAUAGCAGAAUAUCUGAAAGCUGUGAGCUAGUGAGGACAUGCAUGGGCCAAGCUGGGCGAAACACAUGGCCUGGAAAGUUUGACAAGACGUGUUUUGUAGAAGGACUGCACAUCUCAUCUAUUUUCAUUGAGGCCUCAUAAGGGCCCCCUCCCAUGACUGAUCUCACUCCCCAGCAUAAUGGCUGGAUUCUCCAUGGCAGAACCGAUGUGUCUGAUUGAAAAUGGCAAGGAUGGCAAGCUGUGCGUCCAGCCUAAAGCACUCCAGAUCCUGGAGCAAAUCGGACAGCGAGUUGUGGUUGUGGCAGUGGUAGGACUCUAUCGCACUGGCAAGUCUUACCUCAUGAACCAGCUGGCUGGAAAGAGGAAUGGAUUUGCCCUGGGAGCCACCAUACAGUCCAAAACUAAGGGCAUCUGGAUGUGGUGUGUACCUCACCCUGUUAAAAAGGACCACACUCUGGUGCUCCUGGACACCGAGGGGCUGGGCGACGUGGAGAAGGGAGAUCAGAAAAAUGACACAUGGAUAUUUUCCCUGGCUGUACUGCUGAGCAGCAUGCUGGUGUAUAAUAGUAUGGGAACCAUCGAUAACGACGCCCUGCAGCGCUUACACUAUGUCACAGAACUGACAGAGCACAUCAAGGUGAAAUCACAGCAGGAUGAAGAUGAAGAUGAAUCCACUGAGUUCUUACGAGUCUUUCCCUCCUUUGUAUGGAGCGUCAGAGAUUUCAGUCUUACUCUAGAGCUCGAUGGGAAGCCAAUUACCGCUGAUGAGUACCUGAACAAUGCGUUGAUGUUAAAACCUGGUCAUUCAAAAGCUGUCCAGAUGUACAACAUGCCUCGCAGCUGCCUUAGGAAUUAUUUCCCCACCCGCAAGUGCUUUGUGUUUGACCGUCCUGCAACGACAGAAAAAAUGCGCAUUCUAGAUACACUUGCUGACGCAGACUUGGAUCCCAGCUUUGUGAAGCAGGUCAGGGAGUUCUGCUGUCAUGUCUUCAGCACCGCUGAAAGCAAAACUCUGAAAGGAGGUGUCCAUGUGACAGGCACAUCGCUGGGGAACCUGGCAAAGAUCUAUGUGGAUGCAAUCUGCAGCAACCAGAUCCCUUGUUUAGAAAAUGCAGUGCUGAGCUUGGCACAGAUUCAGAAUGCCAAAGCAGUAGUUCAGGCCAUAGAUCACUACAAUGCUCAGAUGGCGGAGAGGGUUGCCUACCCGACUGAAUCACAAGAGGAACUGUCACAAAUUCACCACGUCGUAGAGAAGGAGGCACUGAAGAUUCUCAUUGACUGCUCCUUCAAGGAUGAUGAUCAGAAAUAUCAACAAAAGCUCUUGCAAAAUCUGGACGAGAUAUAUGCGGAAAUCUUGAUCAAAAACAUAGAGCAAUCCAAGAAAGUUUGUGAGUCCAUCAUCAAGCAUGUUUUCCAACCUCUAGAAGAUCAGCUUAGCUCUGGCCGCUACGUGUCACGCGGAGGGUACAAAGCCUUCUGUGCUGACAUGCAGAGAUUCAUCAAUCGGUACAGAUCAACACCUGGCAAAGGGGUGCAGGCUGAAGAAGCCCUGAAGAAAUAUUUGGAUGGGAAAAAGGCCUUUCAGGACUCCAUACUGACCGCUGACCAGUCUCUCACUGAAGCUGAGCGCCAGAUCCAAGCUGAACAGGCAAAGGCUCAGGCCCUUGAGCAGCAGCAUCGUGCUGAGAAGGAGAUUAAUAAUAUGUAUCAGAAACUGUUAAAGGACCAGGAGCAGAGCUACAAUGAACUUAAUCAGCAGCUGAUGCAGAAAAUGGAGGAAGACAGGCAGAAUGCCGCAAAGGAGUAUGACAGAGUACUGUCAGCUAAACUGAAGGAACAAGAGGACCUUAUCAGCCAGAGCUUCAAGGAGAGAGCAGAACUUAUGCAACAAAGCAUUGAUACCCUCAAGCAGGAGAAGAGAGCAAUGGAAUCAAAUAAGCCUUCAGUGCUUGGCAACGUUCUAGAUACUGUAGGAACCAUUGCCAUGUUUUUACCGGGGCCCAUUUCAAAAGUCGUUGGCGUUGCUUCUUCACUGUUAUCACGAUUGUUUUAAAUAAAGUUGCUCCCUAGGG